AUGUCGACCCCGGCGAAUAGAAAGCGGGCUCUGGAACGUAUCAAUUGCCGCGAAGAGCUAUCUGAACACCUUAAAAACAAACUCUCUAUCUUGGUGGCUCCCGCUGAAGUGCGACUGCAUCCCCUGAACACUGACAAGUAUCGGUGGCAUUUUAAAGACAGCAAGCGAUAUCUUUUUACCAAUCAACUGAGCAAGUUAUCUACGAAUGCCUAUAUCGAGAUCCGUAGAGCACUUACAAGUGGCGACAUUUGGGCUGUGCUACAGGACGGUCUCCAGCCCAGCAACAAGGCAUAG